CAACCCAAGACCAGCCCAAGACCAGCCCAAGACCAGCCCAAGACCAGCCCGCGGCUCCUCUCUCGUUCGAUUGUCCCUCAUCGCACCGCCGGUCGGCCACUGCCAUGUCUGCGUCGCCUCCUUCGGUCUCCGCCUCGCCCUCCUCGUCGCUGUCGCAGCCACCGCUGCUGCCGUCUCAGGCAGCCGCUGCCGACCCUGUCGCCCAGCGGCUCUCGCAGCUCACCGCCCAGCUCUCGGACCGCUUGUCCAAAGCAGAGGAAACCAUCAUCCAGCUACACAGCGUCACCAGUUCGCUCAAGGAACAAGUCAAAACAUUCAAACCAAAAGCUCCGGCCGCUCAGGCGGUUCCCGACUCGCCCCUGGACCAAGUCCGCAGCGAAAACAUGGUGCUCAAACAAACAGUCAAGCAGUACGAGCAAGCUAUCGAACUGAUCAUGACACAGUUCCGCAAACAGACGGCAUUUGUUGUCGCAGAGAAAGCAGCUGUCCGGGAACAAGUCCAGGCCAUGCUCGAUGAAAUGCAGACUGAAAUCCACACCCUACAAUCCGAGAAGGCGCUGCUCGAAGCCGAUCUGUGUCGGGCUCACACAGCCAUCCGAGAGGCACUAAGCCAGGACUGCGACUUGGACAUGGCCGCUGCGUCGCAGGCGCUGUUGCGGGAGAAUGAAGCACUCCGGGAGCUGCUUGCCCUCAAGCAGCCCGAGCAAUCCGUUUAGACCUGAUCACUUGGGACACGGCCAUGCCUCUGCUACCAAUGAUGAUAAAGCCGGCGCCUUCAACACCAAAUACAUGUGGAGCCUUGCGACAUGGAUACAUCUACUCGGCUCGGCACGAAGUCAGUCGCAAAGCUGACGAUACAGCGCUCCUGCAUCCAAUACGGGUAUCUGAUCGUUCGAGGCUACACCACACCCGCUUCCAUGAACAUGUAGUAUGUGAUGGCAUGCGUCUAACUAUGCCAUAAGAAAUAAACAGAUCACUUUGGCAGCCUC